UCUCAGCUCUUAAACCGUGGACUUUAAUUAGAAAAUUAUUUGGGAUUUAAGAUUUAUUUCAGAAGUCUGCAAAAAAAAAAACAAGAUAUAACGCAUGUCUCUAACAGGCCACUGUCUCUGGGAAUUAUGUCUCAACAAAAGCAGAAUUUGCUGUGGCUGACGAUCAUCUGUUGUACUCUGUGCCAGAUAACCUGCUCAGAAAAACUGAUAAUCGGAGUCGAUUUGACAGAUCUGUGUUUCUCGGACACAAGCAGCUCAAGAAAUUCAGGACAAUGCAGGUCAUACAAUUUCAGCAUAACACAACAUGAUGGGAAAUUUGAAGUCAGAGUGAAUGAGAUGGUUGAAGGCAUAAAACUGUUGUUUUGGCAGAGCGAUUAUUGUCAGUCACCAGACCCGUUGGAAACUGAAGGUGUUUGGAACCUCCCUCAUGUUGAUCUUGGAGAAACAUGUACAAAUGCUACAUAUGGCUAUGAUACAUGCAGUGAGGAAGAAGCAAGCAAAUACAUUCUGCAUUUUAACAACACGCAUACGUGUGAAUGGACGUGUGCGACCUGCGAUAAGAGACCAGGAAGUGAUCCUGAAAAGGAUGACGAGAAUCAAGGUGUUGAAGCCUCAGAUGCAUCAGAAUUCUUGGAAAAAAUGGAGACUGAGAUGGAAGAGAUGAAAAAUAACAAACACAAAGUACAAAUUGCCACAGGAAAAGCUACUGGUCUUCUCCACAUACUAGAUGAGAACACUGAAACCAAAGACACAUGCUACUUGACAAAUCAGAACAAGAUAAAUGUUGUUGACUGCUCAAGUAUCCUGAAUACAAAUGUAUCAUGGGCUUUAAAGAUUCCCAAGGAAGCUGUGAAUAUAUCAAGACAGGAAAACCAUGGACAUGCGUUUGCUGCAGUUCUACAGUUCAAAAAUAUGAGAGACAAGGUCGGUAAGGCAUCCUGCGUUUCUUGGGAUGGCAAAGGAGAACUUGAAUGGACGACAUCAGGCUGUGAGACAGAAAUCAACAGUGACAGCAUAAAGUGCUCCUGCUCACAUCUGACGUUCUUUGCAGUGCUGAUGUCUCAGUCAAAUGCAAACAACCUAGCGUCGCAUCUGGAAUCACUGACUCUCAUCUCUUCUAUCGGCUGCGGCAUCUCCAUGUUUUUUCUGUCUAUCGCUUUAUUCAUGCAUUUCCUGCUGCGGAAAGCCAAAUCAAAUCAGGCCACGAAGAUCUUGAUGAACAUGUUUGUGUCUUUGUGUCUACUGAAUGCUGCGUUUUUGUCAAACGAGAGCGUCGCUAACACACAAGACAACACACUUAUUAAAAUAAACCUGCUUCAAACCAUCACUGUAAUAAUUUUGCCCAAAAAAGAAAAUAUAUUGCACAUGAUGUGUCCAGCUCCGAUAGUCAUAGUUAUUGCUUCUGUUGGAGGAUAUAAAGCAGUGAUCCUAAACACAACAUUUGGAAAAAUCACACGGAUGUGCUGGAUUACAAAUUUUUACAUUCACUACAUAGUGAACAUCGGCUACUACGCUUUAGUUUUCAUCUUCACGACAGGAAUCUUCAUCAUCAUCGUCACUAAGGUCGUUCAGGCCAGAAUCAUAAGAGUGACUGACGGCAAGAGAAAGACGUUCAGAAAGCAGCUGAUGAUGGUGUUGAGUUUGUUCCUGCUCUUCGGGUUUUUCCUCUUCCUGUAUUACUACCACAUUCACAAUGACGUUGCAGGUCAUUUCUCAGAUGAUCCAGAAAGCACCGACUCCAACACAAGCAUCGCUCAAUCCAGCAUUAAUGCUGUGGAAAAUAUUCAUAACUAG